AUGGCGGCGUGGGCCGGCGCGGCGCGCGGGCUGCCGUGGCUUCUCCUGCUGCUGCAGCUGCCGCCGCUGGGCGGCCCGCGCGGCGCGGACGGCUACUUCCCGGAGGAGCGCUGGAGCCCCGAGUCCCCGCUGCAGGCGCCGCGCGUGCUCAUCGCGCUGCUGGCGCGGAACGCGGCGCCCGCGCUGCCAGCCACACUGGGCGCCCUGGAGCGGCUGCGCCACCCGCGGGAGCGCACGGCGCUGUGGGUGGCCACGGAUCACAACACUGACAACACUUCAGCCAUACUUCGAGAGUGGCUGGUGGCCGUGAAAGGUUUCUAUCACUCCGUGGAGUGGCGACCCGCAGAGGAUCCCAGCUCCUACCCAGAUGAAGAGGGCCCCAAACACUGGUCUGACUCCCGCUACGAGCACGUCAUGAAGUUGCGCCAAGCAGCCCUGAAGUCGGCUCGGGACAUGUGGGCUGACUACAUCCUGUUCGUGGACAGCGACAACCUGAUCACCAACCCCGACACCCUGAGCCUGCUCAUUGCUGAGAACAAGACGGUGGUGGCGCCGAUGCUAGACUCCCGCGCAGCUUACUCCAACUUUUGGUGUGGGAUGACCACCCAGGGCUACUACAAGCGCACCCCUGCCUACAUCCCCAUCCGAAAACGCGACCGGCGGGGCUGCUUUGCGGUUCCCAUGGUGCAUUCCACCUUCCUCAUCGACCUGCGGAAGGCCGCGUCCAGGAACCUGGCCUUCUACCCGCCGCACCCCGACUACACCUGGUCUUUUGACGACAUCAUCGUUUUCGCUUUCUCCUGCAAGCAGGCAGAGGUGCAGAUGUUCGUGUGCAAUAAGGAGGUGUAUGGCUUCCUGCCCGUGCCGCUGCGUGCACACAGCAGCCUGCAGGACGAGGCGGAGAGCUUUAUGCACGUGCAGUUGGAGGUCAUGGUGAAGCAUCCGCCAGUGCAGCUGUCACGAUUCAUCUCAGCACCCAGCAAGACUGCAGACAAGAUGGGCUUUGACGAGGUCUUCAUGAUCAACCUGAAGCGGAGGCUGGACCGGCGAGAACGCAUGCUGCGCGCGCUGCAGGAGCAGGAGAUCGCCUGCCGGCUGGUGGAGGCUGUGGAUGGCAAAGCCAUGAACACCAGCCAGGUGGAGGCCUUGGGCAUCCAGAUGCUGCCUGGCUACCGGGACCCCUACCAUGGGCGACCCCUCACCAAGGGAGAGCUGGGCUGCUUUCUCAGCCACUAUAAUAUCUGGAAGGAGGUGGUGGACCGGGGACUACAGAAAUCACUCGUGUUUGAGGAUGAUCUGCGUUUCGAGAUCUUCUUCAAGAGACGUUUGAUGAACCUCAUGCGGGAUGUGGAGAAUGAGGGGCUGGACUGGGACCUCAUCUAUGUGGGCCGGAAGCGCAUGCAGGUAGAGCACCCCGAAAAGGCUGUACCCCGAGUGAGGAACUUGGUGGAGGCUGAUUACUCCUACUGGACGCUAGCCUAUGUGAUCUCCCUGCAAGGCGCUCGCAAGUUGCUUAGUGCCAAGCCGUUGGCCAAAAUGCUACCUGUCGAUGAGUUCCUGCCUGUCAUGUUCGACAAACACCCAGUGUCAGAAUACAAGAGUCACUUCUCUCCCCGCAACCUCCGUGCCUUCUCCGUAGAGCCUCUCCUUAUCUACCCGACACACUACACAGGGGACGAUGGCUAUGUGAGUGACACAGAGACCUCUGUCGUGUGGAAUAACGAGCAGGUUAAGACUGACUGGGACCGAGCCAAGUCCCAGAAGAUGCGGGAGCAGCAGGCACUGAGCCGCGAGGCCAAGAACUCCGAUGUGCUCCAGUCCCCUCUGGACAGUGCUGCCCGUGAUGAGCUCUGAGGCAGCUGGCAAAAAGUCAAAAGCCACUGCCAGGGGGUCUGAACUUCAUGUGCUUGCCUAGGACUAUAGGGUCACCUAGGUAGACCUCGGAGGGCUCUACAAGCAGGUGGUUUCCGUGUUUUCUUGUUCAGCAGCCACUUGCAUAGAGGCGGCAUUUAUGGAGUGCUUACUGUAUGCCAGGAACAGGGCUGGGCACCGGGAGAUAGCCAGGAACAAGUCCAGUCUGUGGUUUGAAGGGAGAUUUCUUGUUACAGCAAUGAAAGAAGCCUAAUGACUUCCCCUUAUCAAUGACUGAUUUGAUCAUCAGGUGUUUAUUGAUUAGGGAUACAUGCUCAUUUUUAAAUCCAUUUGAGUCUUUAUUGAGUGCAUACUGUAUGUUGGGCACCAUUAUUAGCUCUGGGAAUAGUGAAAUAAGAAAAAAUUCACCAUGCCAAGCACCUGCUAUGUCCCAGGUCUUGGGAAACACUGACGACUUGAGUGCCUACUUUAUGUCAUUCGCUAGGUGCUGGGGGUAGCAGUCCCAAUGAUGCUCAUCCCUUUAGUGCACACAGUGUGCUCACAGUGGAAUCAGCAUUAUGCACCCUCUCUGCCUCGUGCUGAGUAGAGGGACAGAGAACAAAACUGGUUUCUUCAUGUGACGAGCAUUUAUUGAGCACCUGUAGUGUGUCAGACCUCAAGGACUCCCAGUUGGGUCUGUGAAAGGACAGCAUCCACUCUGUCCAGAAGAGAGGCUUGCUGUCCGUCCAUGUGGUCAACUGCUGGGUUUCAGGGUACUCAUGGCCUUACAAGCCCCCCUGGAGGGGGUGCAAAUGGGACCUGGGGCUCUCUUGCCUACCCCUGGCUUCCACAGCUUCUCCCUGCCCCUAUCCCAGGGGUCCCCUGCUUGCUCAUGUGUUCGGGGCCUUCGGUGGGGCCCAGCUGUGUUGGGCUGCUCCUCUUGGCCUGAGCAGUGUUUGCCAGCAGGGCCAGGAGGUCGCCACACCUUGAAAACCAAAUUGAAUGUCGACUGGCCAGCAGGUGCCACCUCCUGGGGGAUGACUGCUUGCCCGCUCAGGUCUUGGAAACUUGCUCACGUUUGUAUUAAAUACUCCUGGUUGGU